AUGUUCGCCGCCAGCUUGCUGGCCACGGCGGCGUUCAUUUCAUCUACAAUCGCAACACCAAUGUUCGGAGCACGCUCCGCUGUCGCAAAGAGGGCUCCGUCUCAACCAAGCUUGGCAGUCUACUGGGGACAAGGACCAAACCAGAAACGUUUGGCCGAAUUCUGCGCGGAUACUACCAUGGACAUCAUCCCCAUCGGUUUCGUCAAUGUCUUCCCGGAUCAAACAGGUGGCCCGGGAACGAACUACGGGAAUGCUUGUGGCGGUGUCACCUGGAAGUCGCCAGAGGGUGUCCAGACCAAUGUCUUCACGUCGUGUGGUCAAAUCGCGACUGAUGUCGCCAUCUGCCAGGGCAUGGGCAAAAAGAUUCUUGCCUCGAUUGGCGGUGCAGAGUCUGGAAACUUCAUCGCCACCUCAGACUCUGCAAAGGACUUUGCCGACUUUCUUUGGGGUGCAUUCGGUCCAGUCCAGGAUCCUACCUUGGUGGAUUACCCCCGACCGUUUGGCCUGAAUACCGUCGUCGAUGGUUUCGACUUGGAUAUCGAGUCAGGAAGCAACUUCGGAUACGCCGACCUGGUCAAUCAACUGCGAGUCCGGUUCCAGGAAGACACUUCCAAGAGCUACAUCAUCUCGUCGGCACCACAGUGUGUUGUGCCGGACGCUCAUCUCGACGACGCCAUCAAAAACUCCAUCAUCGAUUAUGUAUUUGUCCAAUACUACAACACCGAUUCGUGCUCGGCAGCAUCAUUGUUCAGCUCAGGCUCCCUCAACACUGCCGCCGACAUCACUUUUGGCUGGGCCCAGUGGCUGAAGCAGAACUCCAAGAACCAGAACAUCAAGAUGUUCUUGGGUCUGCCCGCGUCAAACAUCGCCGCUAAUCCCAACCAUUACCUGAGCCUGGAUCAAGCCCAGGCUUUGAUCGAGCAGUAUGCGUGCUCAAGCACGUAUCAGUCUCUAUUCGGAGGUGUGAUGCUUUGGGAGGCGACCUACUCGGACAACAACCAGCAGAACGGGAAGAGCUAUGCUGCCAACAUCAAGGAUAUCUUUGGCAAGCUCUCUUGCGCACCGCCAACGACGACGAGCACAUCGACAACGACCACUACCACAACCACAAGCACCACGACGACGACGACGACGACGACAACAACCACCACUACUACCACGACAACCACCACGACUUCGCCAAUUCCCACCACGACCACCACAACCACCACAACCACUACUAGCGAAGUGGUUGCCCCCACCUCGACCUCGACUUCGUCUUCGACCACCACAACCACCACCGAGAUUCCGGCCGUAACAACGUCGAGCACUACGUCGUCGUCCCCUGUUCCAACCACCACAUCUGAAAGCACAACCACGACCACUUACAGCCAUAGUCUCGGACCGAUUGGUGGAUCUACGACGACCAGCUCCGAGUCUUCCACAUCCACCUCGACCACAACCACCUACAGCAACACGCUUGGACCUAUUGGUGGAUCUACAACCACAAGCAGCUCGACUACGACCACCGUCAGCAGUACGCUUGGCCCCAUUGGUGAAACCACGACGACAAGCAGCUCGACCACAACCACGUACAGUCACACUCUCGGCCCCAUUGGCGAAACAACUUCAAGCAGCACUGUGCCGCCGGCUGUGACCACCAGCUCAUAUAGCCACUCGCUGGGCCACGGCUCGUCCACCUCGUCGGUCUAUGUCAGCCCUGCAACAACUUCUAGCGCUUCUGCCACAUCCACGACCGGCUGGCAAUGGGGAGACUGGACUUCCGCUGGCAGCAGCCCGGUUGAUCCCACCUCGACGAAGACCACAACGACAAGCGCGCCGGUUAGCUGGGCAGACUGGUCUGCCACAACGAGCGCAACUGGUCAGUACACAGUCACCGUGUGGACUACGGUAUACACCGACAUUGGCCCCAACGGCUACACGACGCAUCCGUACCACUACACCACCACAGUCCCUGUUGCAGCAGCCACGACCACUGCACCAUUCGUGUGGCCUACUAACGCCGACGGAUGCCCCCGGGGAUUCCACACCACAGUGACGGUCUGCUCUGUGUGCGCUCCCACCGUGGUUACGGUGACUUUGACUGUUCCCGAGGCCACCGCUACUGCCGUUAUGACCCAGACUGUUGUGCCUGUCCGGCCCACAGACGUAGCAGCAGCGCCCGUGCACCCAUCCGGCACUGAGACUCCAGUCGCCGCUGCUUCCUCGACCUGGACCUACUCACAGCCUGCUGGUAACGGAGCCAGUACCCCCGUCGCAGCAGCAACCACCUCCGCAGGCAGCAACAGCGGAUGGCUCGCACCAUCUCCCUCGUCUGCGUCCUCCACUCCCGUGGCACCUAUCAGCAUCACCCCCUUCACGGGCGGUGCCACUGCUGCCCAGAGCCAGCUGCCCGGCACUAUGCUGAGCGUGGUCAUCUGCGCUGCCGUUGCGAUCAGCGGGUUGUUCUUGUAA